AUGUCCACAAGCGAAGAUGGACCCCGAUCCCCCAAUCGCCUAACCCAUGGAGCAGGGAGCCCGUCCUGCGACUCCAUUGAUGAGGCCGGAAAUCACUGUUCUUGGCAUGUGUGCGGCUCAGAGGAGUGUCCCGAGCCUGGAAAGGCGUGGCGAGAUCGAGGGAUCAGUGGAGGUAACGGCGAGACGCUCUGGGACCGGCUCGCCUCUCGACGAUAUGUGGAUGAGCGUAUUUGGGCCUACGUCGAUCACGACUGGGUGCCUUCCAGCUCUCGCCCGCUGUUGGUGCUGGGCGCCGACGACGAGACCUGCCAGCGGGGAUGUGCCAUGGUGCACGUGAAGUGGGAUGGAGAGGUGACCUCGCGAACACCAGGCGACGUGCGCCUCCUCACGGAUGUUAAGGCGGACACGCCGCUCACCGCCCUCGCCCCCGCCAUCGGCAGCUUCUCCUUCAAGUCUGUUCCAGGGCUGCAGGAGUGGACUGAGUACAACGAGGGCGAUGACAGCAUGACCUGGGGCCAAUACUGCUUCCACCGCAUCAGCUACGACAAGUGCGGCCGAGACGUAAUCGAGUUCAAGAAGAAGCUCGGUGACAAUCUCGUGCAGUGCGCGGGAGAGAAGUGGGAGAUCCUCUCCCGAGAUCGCAGGUGGACUUGGCUGCGGGAUGCGCACGAUCGCAGAGAUCGGCUGAGACAGUGCAAGACGCCAAGGAAGCCAGAUGAGAAUGCCUGGUAG